UUUAUAUUCUGAUAAACUAUGUCAGAUCUUUAUGUACAACAAAGUUCAGAAUGGUAAAUUUUAAUCCUUUAUUAGCGAUUAUUUAUUUAAGGUCUUAUUAAUUGGAAAUAGUGGAGUUGGUAAAUCAUGCAUGUUAAUGAGAUUUUGCGUAAAAAUUUAAAAAUAAAAAAUUUUAGGAAAACUAAUUUACAAAUCAUUUUUAUAAUACUAUAGGAGUUGAUUUUGUAAAUAUUUAUUUUAAAAAUAACAUUAGAAAAUUAAAGUAUUUUAAAUUGAUAGAUCAACUGUGAAAUUGUAAAUAGUAAAAAUUCAUAAUUCAAAUAUAUUAGUGGGAUACCGCUGGUUAAGAUAGAUUUAGAACUAUAACAAGCAGUUAUUAUAGGUAUUUAAUAAUAAACAUAGAAUUAUAGAGGAGCUCAAGGAAUCAUUAUGGUUUUUGAUGUUACAGAUAGAGAAUCAUUCAAUUAAAUUAGACAAUGGAUGCAAGAAAUUGAUAAAUUUGCAGCAGAAUAAGUUAAUAAAAUAUUAGUUGGAAAUAAAAUUGAUAGCUCUUAAAGAAGAGUAUUAACAGAUGAAGCAGAAGCUAUGGGUAUGUAAUUUUAUCAUUCAAGCUAAAUCAUACAAUAUUUCUUAUAUUGAAACAUCUGCUAAAACUAAUAUUAAUAUUGAAAAUUGUUUUAGUUUAAUUACUAGGCAAAUUAUCAUAAGAGUUGGAAAACCAAAUUAGUAAAAAUAUGUUUUCAUAAUUAUUAGAAAUCAAAAAAGUAAAGUAGGAAUGAAAUUAUAAUAGAAUUCCCCAUAAUAAUAAAUAAAAAAAUAAAAAGGAACUGAACAAGAUAAUUAAUGUUGUAUGUCUUGAUUGAAUGAUCGCAC